UCUUCUCUCCAUGGAAACUAAGAGAGUGGGUGUUGGAAGACACAACAGUCGAAAAGAUGGCUACUGAAACAUCGACAUUUCGCAUUCAAGAGCUGGCUACAGCCAAAAGCUUGUCAGCUGGUUACCUGGAAAACAGGAGGUCUGUUUACUGGGAGAACGGAAUACCAGAGAAAGACUACUCCAAGUCAACAGGAUUCGCACUGACCCAACGUCAAGAACAACUAGUCUACUCUAAGAGGCUCCAUCCAGAGUACCAGGGGGACCGUCCCUCUCCCAUUUGGAGGGUCUCACGGAGGGCCAUGAGUGCCACACCCUCACAAAGAAUCUCGGAUCUGGCACAAUCAAAGAGACUGCAUCCUGACUAUAGACAGUGUCGUCGGGUAAUGACAAUGAUCCCUACUUCUACCCUGCGAGUUCGACCCAGUGAGCGUAUCCAGUUUCUGGCCCGUCACAAGACAUACCCACCUCUACCAAUCAAACACAACAGCGAUUGGGAUUGGGGAGAAUGGGAAACAGAUGUCAAUUCAGCGACUAAGACAGCCUCGGCUUCAGCUUAUGUGAUCAACCUGGCCACACCUAAACAAUCUCAUUCACAGUACAAGCCGCCCAAGGACGUCCAAUGGAGUGUGAGCAAGGAGGCACUCUCACAUGUGGCCUCAGAGAGAAUGCUGAAGUUAGCUCGACCCAAGAAUCGAAACGCUGAUUUGGAGGAUUAUGAUCCGAGGGCUUGGAAUGUGUCUAUGGCAGCUCUUAAUGCUAAGGCCACCCCUCGAAUUGAAGAGCUAGCUACCCCCAUUCCAAGAAAAGUUCGAACUAAAAAGUAGUUCAAGACUCUAUUAUAAUAGUAUUAGUUACCUCCCCCCCCCUUUUUUUUGAUUUUAGAUUGUUGAGAGUUGUUUGUUUUUCAAAAUGUAAUGUAAAUAUUUCACAAAAAACUUAUGAUUGAUUGAUGCAGACUGCAUAAAAUUUGGAA